AUGGCCCCAGAGGUAGACCCCUCGCUGUUAUCCAUCACAGGGAGCAGCGUAUCCUCUGAUCCCACAGACCAGACUUUUCGCAAUAUACAGUUUAAAAUUGCUGAUGCUGUGGGACCACUAUUACUGAUGCUGGAUAAGGCAGAAAAAGAAGGCAAUGCUCAGAAACCUUCCACUUCAUCCCUGUUAGCAUCUAAGAUGGCCCUUUUAAAAGCGUCUGGCAGGGCAGUGCUAAUUAUUGGCCAAUACUUUAAUUACAUUUCAAACAUCCGCAGAUCCCGCUGGCUCCAUGCAGCUGGUCUGUCCGACCUAGCCCCCAAAUCGCAUGAGUUCCCAAAUUUGGAGGAUUCUUACCUAUUCGGUCCCUCGUUCAUUCAGGAGGUUAAAGGCCGUUACAAGGCAAGGAGAUCCUUUUCAGAACUCAAGAAGUCCGUCCCUGGCUACAAGAAGCCCUUUCGGACGGAGGGUCGCCCCUAUAGGGCUGCAGGAGCGUCCCGAGAAGCCUCUCACCAGGCCCAGUACCGCCACUACAGUGGAAGACAUAAGCUCCCAGGCGGCGGAAGAGGAGCGCAUUCCAGAGGCGGUUCAGCUUCCAAAAGGAAACCCAUGCAUUCAA